AAACGUAUGCGUAUGCAUGUAUAUGCUUGGAAACUUGGAAGGAAAAUAAUACUCGAUAUGCCCAGGGGGGGGGGGGAGGGGUAUAGGGGAGACGUGGAUGCGGGAAAGAAGGAGAAUGGAGAAGAAGAAGAUAAAAAUGGAAAGGAAGAAGAUUUCCUUAUAAUAUAAUAAUAUUAUAAUAAGCAAGUUCGGGUAAAUUUAUUUCGUCGAUCCAUCGGAUUUUCACGUUGUCACGGAUAUCUUGUAAUAUUUUGCUGUAAUGAUUCGCGAUUCUCGGUUGUCCGUUUUGGCACACUCUGUUCACGAGAAUGAAAGCCGUGUAUACAUGGGUAGGUUGCGAGUAUUCAGCGGAUAGGUAGUGUGUAGGUAGAUGCGUCGAUGGAGGAGCAAAGGAAGGUAGAGGAUUGGCGGAGAUGCAGCUUAGAAUUCCACGCAUAGUCGAGGGGUCUCUGGUUGGUUGGUAAGUGGGACUAGCCGGGACUCAUAGGCAGCGUGUCUCCUACGAGGCUCACAGUCUUAUUCGGAACUCUGAAACGCGUCCAAGCGCGGUGUUCUCUUGCUUGUCCGAACAAGUUCUCUUUGCACGUUCGCACGUUCUUUCUCCCCCGAAAUUCGGUGAAAUUAAUUCGAAUAACGCAUUCGAUCAUGCGUAAAAAUUUCAGCAACGCCGUCGUUUGAUUCUGUCUGGACUCUACCGAGGGAGAGAGAGAGAGAGAGAGAGAAAGAGAGAGAGAGAGAGAAAGGGAGAGAGAGAGAGAGAGAGAGAGGGGGGGAGACACGUUGCGUCGAAUCGAAGGAGAAUCGAUCGAGAUCCACUCUUUCAUCAGGAUCCGGUAUAACGUUUGUAUCGCGGAUAUUUUCGAAUAUUUCUCAGGAAGAAAGAUCGUGGCUGUUCUAACGCUGUUAUAACGGAUCAAGCUGCGAAGAAUCGAAAUCGUCAAGACUAGAUCGAGGUUGGGCUGGGGGUCGGGGUCGAGGUCGAGACCCAGAUCAACAUCAAGAUCUUGGUCGAAAUCGAGGUCGUGCUUGGAUGUGGAGGGUCGCGGUGCGAGCCGUGGUAGUGUCUUGAAAUUUACACAAGGAAAAAUAUCACCGUCUUAACGCGUUUAAAAGAAGUGGAAAAUGGGAAAUGAAAAAUGAAAAAUCAUAAACAAACGAGGCAGCGAGGGUACGUCAGACGAUUGGCACUGGUUGGCAAUAUCUAGAAUUUGGAGAUAGCAGAAGAAAAUCACGAAAGAGAAUCGCUUUCUUUGAUUUUUCUAUCUAUUCGAUCGAUAUCGGAGACACCGAAACGAAAUGAAGCCGAUCCAAGGUGCGAUAUGGUUGCUUCCAUUGGCGGUUGGAUGUAUAGCUUUACCGGCGCAAUUGCAAGCAAAUUCGAAGAAUGCGGACAAGACGAAGCAAAGCAAGACGGCGUCGUUGCAUUCGAGGGAGGGCGGAUCUAACGAUUCGGCAAUUAUGCCGAACGGUAGUAGGAACAUCGAUGAGAACAGCAUCGACGUUAACAACGAUACCAAGAUUACCGGUAACAACGACGUGGACAGCGUUACUCUAUCGAAACCGCUUCCUCUCGGAAUUUCAGCUACUAUCGAGAGCAACGCGGUGCUCGCAUCGUCCUUACCGUCGUCGCCAUCAACCACGUUCGUAUCGACAUCGACAUCGACAUCGACAUCGACAUCGACAUCCGCUUGGACGGAUCAUGCUCUCGCGGCAAUGACAGAGUCGUCCCCAACGAGCGGUUCUUCGUCGUCGCCAAUUAGCAAAACAGAAUUUAGUUCAGCAACGACGAGCAACCGCGGAACGACCAUGACUACGAGAAUCUCGUUAAAUACCAGCGCUUCUAAUACCAGUUUGAGCGUGUUUCCUACAGAAGCUUCUUCGAGAACCAUCGCUACCAAUCGAGAUACGGCUACCUUGCUAUCUUCCUCGAAAAAGUCCACCACGAACUCGAACGAAUUCGUUACUACUCCUGCUACGGCUUGGUCGAAGGAGACGCGAGAAUCACCCGGAAAAAUUCGCCCUCAAAUUAAGCUGACGACAAACUACACUAGUCUGACCGAGACAGGAGUACGACUACCGGAGGGUGCGAGCGCAGCUCUCGCAAAACCAACCAAGUAUCAUUACUAUCCGCAUAAUCAGCACAUCUACUUGUUACCAGAAUGCGCUGUUCAGCAGGUUUGCAACGCAGUUUACGUUAGACUCAACUUUACCCAGCCUCUGUGCGCUUGUCCAGGAAGAUACCGCGACCCUUGCAGCGCCUCUCUCGACAGCGACGAUCUCCACACUACGGAGCUGGUCACCGACCCUCGAACCAAGGCCCUAACGUUGGUGAAAACGUGCGAACCAGUGGCGGAAAUGCGCGAAUGUAGAAUACCGAGGGACUGGUCUCUUCUCGCGCUACAAAACGUGCGAACGGGAAAGUCUCAUUACCUCGUGAUAUGUCGUUGUCCCGAUGCCAACAUAUUGGAGGGUCCUAUGAGUCACGAUCAACCAACAUACGCCAGUGUACCAGGGAUUCGGGUUUACGGGAUGAUGUGCGUGCAAGGAAAUCGAAAAGGUCGACAACUGCGGUAUACUCGCGCUCUUUCAGAUCGUCACCAACGAGAAAUGACCCAAGAUUCUCACAAUGACAGAGAAAACACGAACGAACGAUUGAACUUUCCAUGGUACAAGGUACAACAACUUAUGGAUAUAGCUGUUUGGGACUAGAUUCGUUGAUCGAACAAACAACUUUCGACGAUACGAUCAGUGACACUAUGCUUAGCGGCGUAUCCUUCUAUUUAUUCGUUAUAAGCGUCUCUCUCUUUCUCUCUCUCUCUCUGCUUCGCUUCGCCCUCAAUUUAUUUAUCGAUUCGUCCGUUUCUUACGUUUAUUUAUAUAUAUCAUACGUAUCUAGAUGUAUAUGUAUAUCUAUCCCUAGCGAGGCACGUUUAUAACAUCGAGUCCGACACUUUGAAACAACGACAACGCGUGUAAUUGUAUCCUUUCGUAGAUUUGUCUGUUAUAAUUUGGACUACACGACGUGAUUCUACAUAACGAUCGAACGUGAUCAGCGUUAAAUAUUUCAUUCCUAGUAUCGUCGUCGCUCAACGUGUCACUCUCUUUCCUUAAAUCCUUAAACGAAUUCGAUCGUUUACUUGCAUUACUACCUUCUUUAUUCCGUCAUUUAUUAUAACGUCAAACGUAUCGUACGAUGAGCGGAAAAUUAUAGGUGGUUGUCCGUUUAUCCGAUUAGAAUAACGAAUUAAUCGUACGAAUACUAUCGUCUCCAUCUAUGGCGAAUCUGCGGUAAAAUUAAUGAAAAAGGCAACUACAAGUAUUUUACUAGCUGUCAAAAUUCUUGCGCUCGCAGAAUCAUUGUAUCGUUAAUAUGUUACGCAAUUCUGUAAGAUAGACUCGCGAAUACAAGUAUCGAUUACAGAUUACGCGGUAACAAAAAUAUCGUAACAACGUUGCGAACGAACAUCAUCGCCGUCUCUCUUUCUAAAUCCUACGAGAAGAAGCGCAUCGUGUUAAAUUAAAAAAUAUUAUGUCCUACUAUACAGAUUGCGAUCGCGUGAAUCGUACUUGGGUGAAUUCGCGUUGAGAAAGAAGUCGUGAAAGAGAUCGUGCCGAAUUAAUGAAACAUACAAACCAGAUUUUUUGAUAGUAAAA